ACUUUCAACACUACUAUAUAACAAAUAAUUUGAGUGCUAUUAAAAUGUCUAUUUUAAUAGCUCCAGAUUUCCAGCACAUUCUUCGUGUUCUGAACACCAACAUCGAUGGAAAGGAAAAGAUAAUGUAUGCCCUGACUUCCAUCAAGGGAGUAGGACGACGAUACAGUAACAUUGUGUUGAAGAAGGCAGAUAUCGACCAGACCAAACGUGCUGGUGAAAUCACAGAGCCCGAACUGGAGAGGAUAAUGGAGAUCAUGCAGAAUCCCCGUGACUACAAAAUCCCAGAUUAUUUCCUUAACAGAAAGAAGGACAUCAAGGACGGUAAAUUCUCACAGGUCCUCAGUAACCAGCUCGACAACAAACUUCGAGAGGAUUUAGAGAGACUGAAGAAAAUCCGAUCCCACAGAGGUCUGCGACAUUAUUGGGGACUCCGAGUCAGAGGGCAACAUACCAAGACUACUGGACGAAAGGGAAGAACUGUUGGUGUAGCCAAGAAGAAGUAAAUCUUUUUAGUGUAUUUUUAUUUAUCUGAAAA